CACUAUCAACAGUGUCUGUUUGUGCUGCUCACACUUUCUCUAAGUUCUUCGUCCUCUAUCCGUCUACUGUUCUCCUUGGACCCUACAGGACCCGGUGCCACAUUAUGUUUCCCCGUGUGUUGGCACUGCUCCUGCUGUGUAUCUCCACAAGCUUGGCUGCCACACUCAUCCAGGCCUCUGCUGAAUGGACUGCAUCUGAUGGGUCUGUUUUGCCUGGAACCCAGGCUGAUGGGGCCCCAAAUGUAGACCAUGCCAAGGUUCCAGUAAAUGACCCAGCUGCUGGAGACUUCCAGGAUGAAGACAUCCUCAUGGCAGGAUCCCAUGUGGAGGAAAAACCUGCAGAAACCCAGAGAUCCACCCAAGAAUCAGAGGAUGAGUUGAACUGGGGCUUCAGUUAUAUCAGGGGGAGCUUCCAGGCAGUUAAUGGAUAUUUUGACUCUUUACUGGAGCUGAUGGGAGGCAAGGAUGGUGUGUGUCAGUACCGCUGUAGAUAUGGUAAAGCUCCUCAGCCUCGCCCUGGCUAUCAGAUGCCUGAACCUGAUGGUUGUAGCACCACGCUGCUUGGCUUCCAGGUACCGAACAGUUUUGAUAUGGGCGUCCCUGCCAUGACCAAAUGCUGUAACCAGCUUGAUAUUUGCUACGACACCUGUGGCUCCAACAAGUACCGCUGUGACACCAAGUUCCGCUGGUGCCUCCACAGCAUCUGUGCUGACCUCAAGAAGAGUCUGGGCUUUGUGUCAAAAGUUGAAGCGUGCGAGACGUUUGCUGAUACCAUGUAUAACACUGUGUGGACUUUGGGCUGCAGGCCCUUCAUGAACAGCCAGAGGGCUGCGUGCUAUUGUGAAGGAGAUGAGAAGGAUGAGCUGUGAAGAAAACAUACCAUCUUCAACACUAACAAACACUGCACAGGUUUAAAGGACUCCUCACAAGGACGCAGUAUUAGGGUGAAUGUCACUAAACCUCAAUAGUAAUUUUAAUUACUGUAAUAUAUUACCUUUUAAUUUUAUAUAAUAUAUAAAUAAACAUAAUUCGAUUUUUAAUCUACAUCCACAUAAAUGAAAGAGAGUACAACAAGUACUAGCAUGAUGCUAAAUGCUUUAUUUAAACAUUAGUUAAACUAAUGAGAUUAUUUUUUUUGUUUUAUUCAAAUAUGAAUGGGGUAAGAGAGCUUAAUUGUUCAAUUAAUUAAUGUUUUAAAUGUUUUUUAUGUCACAAUGCAUAGAAUUUAAAGAUCCUUAAAAUAGGUUUCAUUAAAUUUUUUUUUAUAUAUAUAUAAACUCUUUUGGGAGAUUAACAAUUGAACUGGUGCUAGUGGAUACGUUUUAGUAAAUCAAAACAUUGUAUAUGGUAUGUUUAAAAGUAUCUGUCAAACAUAUUUGUAGUUUGUCAUUGUGUGAAAGUUUUCAUAUGAGAAGACAAAUUAUCAAUAAGAAAGACUGUCUCAAAAGCCUGUUUAUAAAAACAAAAAUAAAUAAAUAAAAAGAAGAAGAGGAGAAACAGGCAGCAUGAAAUGGCAACAUAAGCGCCCCACAAUAACUGACAAUAUAUGGUUGUAUAAGACACAUAUUUAAUUUAUUUUUAAGCAACACUGUUCCAAACUAAAUCCAAGAUUGGAAAACAGUAUCAAUGAAAUUUCAUAUAUUUAAUUGUAUUUAUGCAGUAUAUCUAAUGCAAUUUUUGCUUUCAUUAUAUCAUUUAUGUUAAUAAAAUGUGUGUCCCGUUUCGGAGAGAUUUGUCACGCUUGUGGGCAGGGCUCUGCUGAACUGAAGAGAGCCCCUGUGAUGGUGAUGGACACGAGAGACAUUUUCAAUCUCCCUUUUUUUCCUUUUAUUUGCACAAAAGCAAAAAUUGUGUUAUUGUAUCAUUACUGUUGUCUAAUGAAAUAUUACAGUUUAUAUGAAUAAAAACAAAUGAAUCAAUACUCA